AUGUCCUCGAAAAACUACCUGCUGAAAUGGAGGAACCACCCAAACAGUUUCAUGGAAGUCCUGGACUACCUGCACGCGGAGGAGUUGUUCAUCGACGUGACGUUGGCCUGCGAUGGCGACCGAUUCGGGGCGCACAAGGUGGUGCUCUGCGCUUGCAGCCCCUACUUCCAGCGCCUCCUGGCGGAGAACCCCUGCAAGCAUCCGAUCAUUUUGCUGAAGGGCGUCAAGAGUGAAGAGAUGAAGGCGCUUGUCGAGUUCAUGUACAAGGGCGAGCUGUGUGUCGGUCAGCGUGACUUGUAUUCGCUGCUCAAGACGGCCGAGAGCCUCCAGAUCCGGGGGCUGAGCGAGUACUCGUUUUCCGGCGCCGAUGCCGCCGAAACCAUCUAUGAUGACGUGUCGGCGAGCAGUGACGACGUUGGCACUAUCCGUCAGGUCCCGCUGCGUCGCACACUGAAGAAGCCCGUGAGUGAGAGUUUCCUGUCUUCCUCUGGGACGGCGAAGCGGCAGCGGCCGCCAUCACCGACGGAUGGCGCCACUGCCGGCGCCGGUCUGAGCAACGGCUACAACACCGCCGCCAGUCCGUCAUGCUCUUCGUCCACGCCCGGCGUCCAAUCCACAUCCAAGUGUGGCAGCAGCGCGUCACCGACAGCCCACUCGACCGACUCGGGCGACCAACCCGUGCCGGACUCGAUUUCGGGCGGACGUGACGCUCGACCGCCACCGCCGUUGCCGGCGCCACCGGAUGGACGCCGGUUCGAAACUCCGGUCGAUUUUGCGCAGGACAAGCCGCAGAACCUGUCUAUGGAACGGGACCAGAGCCGGGACAUGGACACUGACAACGACAGCCACAAAAGCCCGUCUCCACCGCAGUCGACGGCCGAGACCUCGUCACCAGCCUUCCCGUCAUCCGCGUCCGAGCCGCCGCCACCCAGCACUCAAUUGCCCGGUGGUAUGCCGCCAGUGCCAUCAACGUCAUCGCCGUAUCUGCUGACACCACAAGAGCCGGUCUGGCCCCACGAACCAGUAUGUCCACCAGGAGUUCCCACAUUCCCGCACACGAAUAGUGUGUAUGCAGAACAUCUGCGCCAACACUUUGCUCAGAAUCAGUUUGACGUGAUGUACCGGUUGCUGCGGGACCGAAGCAAAGACAUGGAGGGCUACCAUCAUUGCAUCUUCUGCGGGAAGCAGAUCCGGGACGCCAGCAACUUCAAGAAGCACCUGCGGACGCACACUGGUGAGAAGCCGUAUCCGUGUCGGGUGUGUGGACGCGCGUUUUCGCGCUCGGAGAACCUCAAGAUGCACUUGCGCAACCGCCACCCGGCCGCCGUUCUCAUGCAACAGCAGCAGCAACAACAGGGCGGCGGCGGAGGUGGCGUCGGUUUGACGCUACCGCCUCCACCGCCACCACCACAACUGCCGGGUGUGGGGGACAGGCCGGGCUUGUCUCCGUCGCCCGGUGGACUGCUCGGGCCGCCGUUCACGUCCGCUUCGCCGCCACGGAUGUCGCCGGGCGCCGGGAUGCACCUUUUGAGGUCCACACCACCGCCACCACUCGGGCCGGCUGGGUUCCCUGCCAGGUCGCCGACGAACCUGUCGCCGCCCUCCGCCUGA